UCUUUCAUCAAGCAAUCUCAAAUUCACUCAUCUACAUCUCCACCCCCGUGCUUCCUGUCCUGCUGUUGGUGUUACUGCUUUAGUUUGCUGCAUCGCUCACUCUCUCCUUUCUAUUUGUCUGUCUUAAAGUAAGCAUUGCAGACACACCCCUGUCAUUAUUUCCUGUCUUUAGGUAUGAGUUAUCUGCCUGUCUGUUGAAAACUCAGCAACCCCCUGGUUCACACGGCAACACAGUGAUCCUGAUCCUGAAUAUACUUAAGGAAUGCCAUCUAUUGGGAAUGUCACUGUUGCUUUGAAGUAACAAGAAACUUUGGGCAACUACGAGAGUUUAUUCUUAAAUUGACAAGACAAACCAACUUACUUUGUAGCAACCUACUUUGACAGGCAUGUCUGAAAAAACCAUCACAGACCAGACCACAUCUGAUCGUGUGGUAGUGACUCUCUGUUUCCUUCUUGUGUUCCUCAUUCUUCUUCUGGCCUACCUGUACAUGAAACUGAACCGUGAAACCAGUGGACAGUAUACACUUCGCAGAAUGGUUUAUAGGGAGGGAGGAGUCAGAGACCGGGUGAGGGGCGGAGUCAGAACUCUGGAGACCCGCCUUGGUCGCCGCCUGUGGCCACUCAAUGAGAAUGAGGAGGAGAUAGAAGGCGAAGAGAGCGAAGAGGAGAGGGAUGUGGAAGAAGGAAGCAAACGAGGUGAAAGCGAAGGCGAGGAGGAGAAGGAGGGGGACGAGGGAGAUGACUCGUCGGAUGACUACUCCAGCUUGGAGGGCUGCGACCUGAGGGGCAGAGCAGGGGGAGCGCAGGAGAGGGAGGGGAGGAGAGAGAGCACGGGGAGCAUGGAGAGCGAGGACAACAAGGACGAAGCCAGAGAGGAUGGAGGGGUCAAAGCAGGGCUUGAGGAAGGAGAGGGAAACAGAGGAGGAGAUUUACAGAUCGGCCUGAAGCACUUCUCUGGGAGUGCCACCUGGUCUGAGGAACAGAAGAAACAAGAAGACGACAACAACGUGACUGCGUUUUGAGAUCAAAGAGAGCACAGUCAUUUGGUUUUGAUGUAAAGGAAAUAGUAAAGUGUUUUCAUUUUUUUUUUAUACAAGUAACACAAUUAAGGCACAAUGACGGAGAAAUGUAAAUGAACUACUGUUGAUAUCUUAGGGGUGAAAGUAGGGGAUGUUAUACAUGUUCACUGUUUUGUACGUUUUGUGUUGCUUGCUACCUAUGAUUGCAGAUAGUGCAAGUAUCAGACUUUGGCACAAAUUAUGCUUGAUGUUGGAUGGAAGGUGUCUUAUUAUGAACAUUUUACUGAACAUGCAGCUCUGUAAAGUGAUGCUUUUUUGUGCUUAAUGUUUCCUACUAGGCUCCCCUAGCAGUGAGGAAUCAUGCAUAUGGUUACAGGCUAGUAAAGAUCUCAUUGUUGUUAAUGUAUAACUGUAACAUUUUAUAUUUUUUAUAUUGCACAUUGGCUUGUCAUUUAACACAAUAUGAUAAUUUGAAGAACAUUAAACCCUUCUUUAAGCUUGA